AGCUCCGGGAUUGCGGCGGAUCCAGGCCGGGACUCCGCUCUCGCUGGCCCGCUCCAGCCCCUGGCCCAAACCCUCGGUGCCGCCGGCCGGGGGGCGCGGCCGGGGCCCGGGCCCCUCGCUCUGGGGCCGGGGAGGACAAUGCACCGAGCUGUCUCCAACCAGCGCUCGGGCUCCUCCUCCUCCUCCGGCUCCUUCCAGCCGCCGCCCCCGCCCGCUCACCCCGCCGCCGACCUGCAGCCCCUCUUCCUGGGCGGCCGCAGCCGGCGCGUGUCGGGCUCCAGCUCGGGCUCGGCCCGGGCCCGCAGCAGCAGCAGCAGCGGGGGCGAGGAGGAGGAGGAGAGCAUCAGCAAACCCCUGGUGCCGGCCCCGGCCGCCCCGGCCCCCGCCGCCUCCUCCCCGGCCUCCAGCAGCAGCAGCAGCUCGGGCUGCAGCAUGACGGCGGGGGAGCUGUACGGGGGCGCGGGCCCGGCCGGGGCGGCGGCGGCGGCGGCGGCGACCGCCGGAGGGCUGCUGUGGCCGGGCGGGGGCUCCGGCGGGUCGCGCUGGGGCUACAAGGCGCUGUCCCUGGUGCUGCUGCUGGGGCAGGGCGCGCUGCUGGACCUUUACCUGAUCGCCGUCACCGACCUCUACUGGUGCAGCUGGAUCGCCACCGACCUGGUGCUGGCGGCCGGCUGGGGCAUCUUCUUCUGCCGCAACAGCCGGGCCCGGCGCGGAGCGCCCCCCGCCGGGUCACCCUCCGCCCCCGCCCCUGCACCCGCUGCUGCUCGCACCCCCCGCACGGCGGCCGGGGCGCGGGCCGGGCUGGGGGGCCCCCUGCGGGGAGGGGACUUCGCCUACGCGCACCUGGCCUGGCUGAUCUACUCCAUCGCCUUCACCCCCAAGGCGGCGCUGAUCCUGGGCACCUCCAUCCUGGAGCUGAUCGAGCUGCGCCUGCCGCUGGGCACCACCGGCUUCCGCGUCACCCUGGCGCUCUCCGCCCCGCUGCUCUACUGCCUGCUGCGGGCCAUCGGCCCCGACGGCGCCGGCCAGCUGCUGCUGCCGCCCCAGCCCCCGCCGCAGCACCGCGCGGCCGCCGCCUUCCUGGCCACCUGCCUCGACCUGCUGGACAGCUUCACCCUGCUGGAGCUGGUGCUGCAGCCCGGCCGCCCGGCCCCGCUGCCCGGCCCGCUGCGCUACCUGCUCAUCGCCGUCUACUUCCUCUGCCUGGCCUCGCCCGUGCUCUGGCUCUACGAGCUCAGCGCCGCCCGGCCGCCCGGCGCCGCCCGCUUGGCCCUGCACCUGCUGCUGCCCGCCGGGCUGCUGGACGCGCCGCUGCUCGCCCUGCGCUGCCUCCUGCUGCUGCGCUACCAGCAGCCGCUCUCCAUCUUCAUGCUCAAGAACCUCUUCUUCCUGGCCUGCCGCAGCCUCGAGGCCAUGGAGACCUGCUGCCUGCUCCGCCCCGCCGCCGGGGGCGCCAAGUACAGCGCGGCCCCUGGCCCGGGCCCCGGCGCCGCCCAGCUCAGCCACUGCAUCUCCGAGAACGACAUGGGGCCCCACGGCUACGUCAACACCCUGGCGGUCAGCGCCCAGAACUGAGCGGGGGUGGGGGGCCGUGGAGCCGCCCGACCCCUGCCCCCACCCACCUCUCUCCCCUCCCCGGCCAGGAACCCUCCUCUCACCCCUACUUACCGGCACCCAGUAACCCUGCCCCCUCAGCCUACUGCUCUAUUCACCUGCCCCCUCCAACCCCACUUUGCCACCUAGUAACACCUAACCCUAAGCAGUGGGGAUGGACAGAGGGCUUAAUUUUACCAGACCUUACCUCCAUCCCUUGCCCUUCAAACCCAUACCCCAAGCCCUCGCGUCUACAUAACCAGCACUGACCUCUGCACUUACUACCAACCUCCUUGCUUCUGUACCAGUAUUAUGGCUGGUCACAUAGUGCUGAGGGGAAAGGAGGUUAUCCCCAUACCUAUCCUUGCCCCCUAAAUUCUACCCUUUUACUAAUCUUGUGAGCUCGACUUUCCAGAACUGAGGGGAGAGGGAAAUUACCCAACUAAACCUGCUCCCUGGCCACCCUCAUGAACUCAACUUCCUUGCACAGACAGGGGAGAGCCACACGCCUCUGCCUCCUUCCCAGCCUUGGGAGCUGGUCAGGUUCUCUUUACUCUUCCCCUGUCUCUGAGAGGCCUCCUAACACUAUUGCCUAUGGGGACUGGGGAAUAAAGAGGGGGCUACCCACCUCCCGGAGAUCACAGGGUAGAGGGAGGUUCCCCAACCAUCCCCUGCCUUACCUACCUACCACUCGAAACUGGUCGGAUUCUCCGUACCAGUCCUUUGCUCCUGACAGGCAAAGCUGCUCCCCAUGCAGCUGAAAGUCACAGAGCAAUACUGCCAUUACACUAGGGGAAGUUAUUCAUCUCCCUGGCAGAACUGCUCUGCCUGCUGCUCAGGGUCCUCACAUCACUGACAUUGCAAUUAAGAGCAGGUGAGGGACACAGGUUUUUUUUUAGUUUAACACCUCAUUUCUCUUUCCCUUUUCCCUGAACAAAUCCAUCAAUGGAGUCUACCCAGAGAUCAUACUUACUAUCCCUAGGGAAUAACGCAGAAGCUUUUCCCAGGAAAGUGUGUGCCAUAUCAUGUUUGCAUCAUGUCCUCAGUGGCAACGGGGGUUUCAUUGUUUCUUCAUUAUUCCUCAGCACCUAAGUAAUGGAGACCAGUGGACAGUUUUGACAGCUCCUGAUGGUCAUGAUGAGAGACUUUAGCAGAGACUAAGUGGUGAUGAGACCUGGCUCCUUGCAUGUACAUGACCACAAAGAGGAGGUUUGCUUUUAAGCUUGUAUCCUGCAAAAGUACCAUCUGUUUUCCACCCACCGAGGUGAAAUGAGGAAGAGACUUUGAACCCCCAAUUGGGGGAGUUUCUCAGAAUAGGGUGGUGACCAGCAAAUGUAAAGGGGAUCCAUCCUGGGAGCCACCCUUCCCCUUGUUGAAAAUGUCUACCUCUGUGCUUGAAUCUUGUUGCAUCUUGUGCUCACUUUAUAUGCUAAAGACACAAGUGAGUCCGAAACGGACAUGGCCCAAGGCCUAAAGCCCCUCCAGAUUGAGAUGUUUAUUUCCGGUGAGAACAGGGUCAACUGCUUGUUCAAGCAGCAGCAUCUGUGUGUUGGGGGUCUUGUUUUUCUGUGGAUAUGCAUGUUUUAAGGAUCAGUGUUUAUUUCUUAUGUGGAUAAUAAGGGCACUCUCCAUUGAGAUCAGACAGGCUGGGAAGAUUGGCUGUAGGUAGGUGGACACUCUACCCCUAGAGCUGAGGAUGCAGCCUGUGAACUGUUCCCCUCUAUCCCAGCAGGAGAAUCUUGGUGCUGCUUGGGGUGGGCUAGGUGCUGAACCUCAUUUAAUUUGCAGACAUGGAAAGUGAAGUGCUACAAUGAGCUCCCUGUGAAAGAGUCCCAGGGUGUAUCUCACAGUGUUCUCCAUGUGCAUGGGGGAAAGGGUUGAGGGUAGAGGAGUCAAUUGUAAAGCUAUUGGUCUUGUUGAAAUGCAGCUGUCCUUAAUUUUUAAAGUUCCAUGAAUCAGUUUGGCCCAGUUUAGGGCAUGACCCGUUACCCAUCUGUAGCUGCAUCUGGAACCAGUAGAACUGAAGUAGGACCAGCCAGGGUUUGAAGGGUAACUUUUCCUCUUCACAGCUCUUCGAUAGGACUGCAUUCCUGGAGGAAGGGUUAUAAUCCAAUCCUGCCUAGUUAGAAGAGGGAACAAAGUGCAACCAACCACUAUCCAAAGCCUGUGCUGGACUUAUACACCACACUUGGGACUUUCCCCAUACAUGUACAUACAUUCCUCCCUUCAACCCUUGGACUUCAGUGGAAGUCAUGGCACUAGAACCAGAACUGCUGCCACUACCUCCCUGCCCCCAGAGCAGGGUAGAUGUCCUACUCUCUAAGACACUGUUAUUACAAAAUGUUUACAGGCUGAGGACUUUUCCCUCUGCUUCCCAUAGGUGGAACUGUAUAAUUGCCAUUAGGCUCUUCUGUCCCUAGCACUAUGGCAGCCCCCCAGCUCUGGCUCAGAAAGGGCAGGUCUAAAGUGUCCAUCUGUUAGAGCUGCAGCUGCUAGGGUAAUUAGCUUGGGAAGAACAGGCAGGGGGAGAUAUAGCUGCAAAGAACUAGGCUUAACUUUCCCAUGAGUGCUUUAUUUUUAUCUGAGCCCUGAACACAAUGCUUGUUAAGGGCAAUUGUUAAUUCUGGCCCGUGGCCUUCUCUUCAGUAACUUUUUAUUUGUCUGGACAAUCUUGGUGCUGUGAGUGACUGUGAUUGUAAAACUAAGUACUGUGGACUUUUCCUCUGUGACCUGAGAUAUGUCAAGGGGAUGCUAGCUUCUUGGCCAAAAGAAUGAACUGGCAGGUGUGCCUGCAUGCACAUAGGGAUUCCCCCAACAAAAUAGUCAAUAUUAAACAGAAAACUAACAUACUCAAAGAACAAACCAACGUACCAUUCACACAGUAAUGAAUCAGUACCCUAAACUAAGAGUACUCCACUCCCUGUAGUCAAACAGCCACGUUGUAGAGUAGACCAAUUUACCAAAAAGAGAUGGAGAGAAAAGCUGCCUUAGCCAGAACUAAACCUUGCUGUUCUUACUCAUGCUAAACUCACAUACAAAACAUGAAGAAUUUAGCCCCCUGAGUCACUAGCACAUAUUCAUACAGCUCAGACUGUAGAAGUCACAGCAGAAUUGUUAAUAUAACUCUGACUUUGAUACUACUUCACCGUAGAUAUCAAUUGCAAUGGAACUGCUGUUGCAAUAGCAAGUGCCUUCCCCCACCAGACAGACACUGGUGUGAAAAUGGCAUAUUGGACAUUUAACUAUUCAGAUGGCAGGUUUUUUUAAAUCUAGUAUCAACAGGACAAGAUUUUAUAAGCAGUGCAUUACUCUUAAGGUUACAUUUGUUCUCUGAUUCACAGUCGAGUUGAGCCUACUGAAGAGAUCCAGAAUAUAUAUAUAUAUUUUGCUAUAGAUUGCUCUGUAGAAGUUUUAUUCUCUUUAGUAUAUGGAGUUGUUCCUAGUACCUGCCAUUGUGUCCUGACCUCUUCCCACUGCCAACCUAAUUAGCAGCAGUUAUACUAACAAAGCUGCAUGUUUGCCAAUCUGACUUGACGGAAGCACCUUGAAAUCAAAAUUGGCAGCUGUAUUACCACUUAUGAAACAAUACCUAAAUAUUAAAGCUCUUACCUUUCUUUUCUGUUUCUAAGCCUGUCAUAGCUUUCUGCAACUCCCCUCUCUUUAACCCCCUCACCUGGUUCUGCUGAGCGAGUAUAUUCACAUUUGAAAAUUGUCCCCACCCCACCUUCUAUGCAGGCCCCCUUCUCUGCCUACAUCUAUCUACACUAAUUAUUGGCUUAAGUGAAUAAUUUUGCUAAAACACAAUCUACCAUAUGAAGAUAAAGGCCUCUAAGCAUCCAUUCUGUCAUACACAAGUGUGCAGAUUACCCCUGCACCAGAAUUCAACUGGUUAGGGGAGGGGUUGUUCUGUCCAUGCCCCUCACUUAAGAGACUAGCAAACAGUAAGAGGUGAUCACCCGAGGGAGGGGAAAAUGAAAUUAGAGAAAAGAUACAGCCUGUGGCACAAGGCAGCUUGGCAUCCCCACUAGCAUCAAUCUGAGUUUGUAUUUUUUAAUAAAUGAGAUUGUUCUUAAAAUAAAAUUAGACAUUUGUGACCAA